AUGAGAUCACAAUUUGUGUUACGUUAUUAUUUACGUAAUGGAGAAUGCAUUAGUUAUCCUUAUGGUAAUUAUAUUUACCGUAAAUGUUCCAAUAAAAGCCCGGCUUCAGUAGAAACACGUGCCCUAUUAGGAGCCCACUCAAUGAGACCUUUGAAAAAUACAAGCCCAAGGCUUCUAUUAUGUCAUUGCGUUAAUGAUGAAAGUGAACCACGUCUUUUUCGUUAUAAAGAAGAAUGCGAGGAUGCAUGUACAAAGAAUGGCGGCGUUGGAAAGGAGGUCACCUAUGCGACUGCUGGUCCUGUUGGCGCUGAUACAACUACAACAAUCUCUUUCCCUACGAUUUCAACAAGAGGGACAACAACAACGGAUGCUCCAAAAACAGAGGCGCCGACAACAGUGGUUCCUAAAACUGAAUGUCAACGUAAACGAGCUAAUGCAGCAGAAAAGGGAACAACAGCAGCAACUUAUGUGCCUGAAUGUACAAUAGAUGGUCAAUAUGUCUCUUUACAAUGUAUGCCAACUGAAAAUGAAUGUUUUUGUGUGGAUAAAAAUGGUGUUGAAUUGAAACAUUCACGUUCAAAGGAUCGUAAAUCGGAUUGUGAAAGAAUUUCUUCUGCACAACCUGUUCUAGUUCAGGAUUGUACAAGUUUACCAGAACCGGGCCCUUGUACUUCAAACUUAAUUUAUUGGAAUUUUAAUGUGGCUAAUGGACAUUGUAGUCAAUUUAAUUAUUCUGGAUGUGGUGGGAAUGGAAAUAAAUUUGGAAGCCGUUUGGAAUGGUUUUUCCUUUUUUACUAA